UAUCACUAGACUUCACUACUUGGGAAGCCUAUACUCAGUGUUUCAACAAGAAUUCUCAGAUCCUUGCAGUGUUCUUCCCUUGGUUAUCGUUUAUGUCAUUUCCCACUGUUUCUCUGCAACGCGUUUUUAGUUUUCCGCUUCUGCCGCUCAAGAAUUUCAACUGGCAUCUGACAUUUGCUCGCCUCUUCAGUAGCAGGAGUCAUUACGGUAGAAUUUCGGCAGAGUCUUUCUACACGUCCCUUCUCGAAAAAUCUACUCACAUAAUCCAUCUCAGGCAAAUUCACUGCCAAUUAUACACGCACGGCCUGCAGAACAACGGUUUCAUAGUCACUAAGUUGAUCCAUGUCACUUCAAACCUCAAAGAAAUACACUAUGCUCGCCACCUGUUUGAGGAAUUCCCUGACCAGUAUGUUUUCUUGUGGAAUGCAAUUAUCAGGGGGUAUUCUAUGCAUAACAUUUUCGAUAAAGUUGUUGAAAUGUACUCACGAAUGCGGCAGGCCUUUGUGAGUCCGGAUACGUUCACAUUUCCUCAUGUACUCAAAGCUUGUGGUAGCUUAUUGGCUAAACGUUAUGGUCGGGCAGUUCAUGCGCAGAUUUUUAGACAUGGACUAGAAGAAGCUGUGUUUGUGCAAAAUGGGCUCUUAUCGUUUUAUGUGAAGUGUGACGACAAUAAUCAUGCUCGGAUUAUUUUUUAUGGAUUGAAAAAUAGGGAUGUUGUUUCGUGGACUUUGAUUAUCUCGGGGUAUGCCCAAAAUGGGCAGUACAUGGAGGCUUUGAGUAUGUUUAGAGACAUGAGAGGAUCAGAUGUCAAGCCUGAUUGCAUAGCUUUGGUUAGUGUUUUGAAGGCCUAUUCUGAUGUGGAGGAGUUAAAUCAGGGAAGAUGUCUUCACAGUUUGGUGAUUAAAAUGGGACAUGAAUUUGAGCCUGACUUGCGAAUAGCGCUUACUUCUUUGUAUGCAAAAUGUGGACAAGUGACUGCUGCAAAAUCAUUGUUUGAUCAGAUGAAGUUCGGCGAUGUAAUUCUCUGGAAUGCCAUGAUCUCGGGCUUUGCUAAAAAUGGUCAUGCUAAUGAAGCGUUAGAGCUUUUUACGGAGAUGAUAUCCAAAAGCAUCCAGCCUGAUGCUGUGACUAUACAAUCCUCUGCCUUGGCUUCUGCCCAACUGGGUUCACUCGACCAAGCUAGAUGGAUGGACAAUUAUGUUAAAAAUAGUAAGCUGGGAGGUGAUGUUAUUGUUAGCACUGCACUCAUUGAUAUGUAUGUGAAAUGUGGAAGUGUAGAGUUGGCUCGUGAUGUAUUUAACCGGACUGUAGAUAAAGAUGUAGUGGUUUGGACUGCUAUGAUAAUGGGAUAUGGCCUACAUGGAUGGGGAAGAGAAGCCAUUAAUCUUUUCAAUGAGAUGAAGGAUGCGGGGGUCCACCCUAAUGAUGUGACAUUUCUCGCCCUCAUUACAGCUUGCAGUCAUUGUGGUCUUGUAGAAGAGGGGUGGGAAUUCUUCAUCAGCAUGAAAGAUUAUGGUAUUAAGCCUUGCCAAAAACAUUAUGCUGGUGUAGUCGACUUGUUAGGCCGAGCAGGCUACUUGGAAAGAGCAUACAAUUUCAUCAUGACCAUGCCUGUUGAACCAGGUGUUUCAGUUUGGGGAGCUCUCUUGAGUGCAUGUAAGAUCCAUCGCAGUGUGACACUUGGUGAAUAUGCUGCUGAGAAACUUUUCAAUUUGGACCCACUAAAUACAGGACAUUAUGUGCUGCUGUCGAAUCUUUAUGCUUCAGCCCGCAUGUGGGGUGGUGUUGCAAAAGUUCGAGUACUGAUGAAAUCAAAAGGAUUAAACAAAGACUUAGGAUAUAGUGUGAUUGAGAUUGAUGGGAAGCUUCAGGCUUUCCGAAUAGGAGACAAGUCUCAUCCAAGAUCAGAUGCAAUAUAUAAAAAGCUCGAGUGGUUGGAGAUGAGGUUAUUGGAGUCUGGAUUUGCCCCAGAUACAGAAUCUGCUUUGCAUGAUUUGGACAAAGAAGACAAAGAGGUGACUUUAUGUAAUCAUAGUGAGAGACUGGCGAUUGCCUAUGGGCUCAUCAGUACCAGUCCUGGAACUACACUUAGGAUAAUCAAGAAUUUGCGGGCGUGUGUGAACUGCCAUUUGGCAACCAAAUUAAUAUCAAAGUUUGUUAAUAGGGAGAUAGUUGUCAGAGAUGCAAACCGGUUUCAUCAUUUCAAGGAUGGAACCUGCUCGUGUGGAGAUUAUUGGUAAAAAUGUAACUUCUCUUGUGGUUUAUAACAAGCCUUGUCUUCAGAAAUGUCUCAGAGUUCAAUAACAAAUAAAGAUGAAGCAGGUAUGUGGUUAAAAUUUCAA